AAGGUCACGGCGCCCACAAUGGAGCUGUCGCCGUACGCGCAGGGCGGGUGGCGGCUGCUGGGCGACCCCCGCCGCUUCCCCCGCCGCCCGUUCGCCGCCCUGCUCCGCGCCGCCUUCCGCAGCCUCCUGGAUGACCCGCAGGCCGCGCUGGACGAUCCAGACCUGAAAGAUAUUGACCCUACAGUAUUAAAACAUUGCCAUGCUGCGGCUGCAAUGUGUAUUCUGGAGGCAGGGAAGCAGAAAGCUGACAUAUCUGCUAUAAGCACGUGCCUAGAAGACUGCAAACUGGAUAAAGAGAGAAUAGAACAAUUUUGCACCGAAUACCAGAAAAACAAGGAUGCAUUGGAAAUCCUAUUGGGAAGCAUAGGCAGAUCUCCUCUCCAUAUAACUGACGUGUCUUGGCGCUUGGAAUAUCAGAUCAAGAACAAUCAACUUCAUAAAACUUAUCAGCCUUCCUAUUUGGUGACCUUAAAUGUAGAGAACAGUGAUUCAGGAUCACACCCAGAUGUUAGUUUUAGUUGUACAAUGGAGCAAUUACAGGACUUAGUGGGAAAGCUAAAAGAUGCUGCAAAAAGUCUAGAACGUGCGACUCAGAUGUUUAUUCGUGCCUGUUGUGCAAUUUCUAUGGAUGAAUUAGCUGUACCUAAAAGUAAGAUGCUAAACCCGGCAGAGUCGGCGGGAUGGAGCGGAGCCGGGUGGCGGCUCCGGCUCGACGGCGCGGCUGCUGCCGGCGUCUCCGGCUCGCCCCGGGCCGCGCUGCUCUCCGCUCGCUCCCGCCCGCGGCUGCGGAGGGGCUCCGAGGCGCGCUCCGCCCGCACCUGCCGCCGAGGGACAGCGGCCCCGCGGAGGAUGCGCGGCGGCGGCCGGUCCUUCACGGCGGAGCAUUUUCCUCUCCGCUCCUCAGCGCCCGAGCGGCGGGCGGCGUCUUACUCUCGCCGGAGGCGAGCACCGCGCGGGUUUCCCCCACUCCGGGGCCGCCCGUCUGCCCGCGGGAUGUGCGGACCCCGCAGGACCCCGCGCCACCCGCUCCCGCCGCCGCUCGGGGCGGAAAGGCGCCCGCGCGCCCUCGAGGGGACGCGCUGCCUCGACGGCGGCGGCUCCGCGCGGCCCCGGGCGGGCGCGGCGGGCCGAGGGGCGCGCGGCUGCGCGCACGCGGUGGCGGAGGCGCGAGGCCGCGGUGCGGGUCCCCGCGGGGUCCCCGCGCGGCAGGACGGGGCGUGCGGGGGUGGGAGCGCGCAACAAGUGCGCGGAGGGAGGCGAGGGCUGCGCGGGCAGGGCGACGGGCGGCGUGUGGGGCCGGGGAGCCGGCGGGCUGCGGGGCUGCGGCGCGGCCAGGAUGGAGAGGGCAGCGCCGGCCAGGGCGGGGGGCGCGGCGGCCGAAGGAGAGCCGCGGCGCGGGCGGAGGGAGCGCGGAGAAGGAGGGCGGGAGGCGCCGUGGCUGCGGCGGGCGGGAGCCGCGGAGCGGGGCCGGGGGUCGGGGCGGGCGGAACGCGAGAGAGGCCGCGAGGCGGAGCGGGGGGCAGAGGGAGAGACAAUGGGCUGGUGGAGAGAGGACCCAUCCGGACCGGGGAGACUGUGCGCUCGCAGCGCCUGAGCCGCCCGGGCGGCCAACUCGGAGGGAGCGAGAGAGCGAGGGAGCGAGCGAGAAGGGCCCGCGAGCAGCCGAGGAGACCCGGGCGUUCUUUCAUUUCAAGAUGGCCGCUUGGCUCACAUUCAUUUUCUGCUGAACGACUUUUAACUUUCAUUGUCUUUUUUGGCCGCUCCGAUCAUCACCAACCGGCUCCGUUUUCCGGAGCCGCUCCUCGCCACGCCAAAAUGCACCGAACAACCAGAAUCAAAAUAACCGAGCUAAACCCCCAUCUCAUGUGCGUGCUCUGCGGCGGGUACUUCAUUGAUGCAACAACCAUCAUAGAGUGCCUCCACUCCUUUUGUAAGACCUGUAUCGUGCGUUACUUGGAGACCAGCAAGUAUUGUCCUAUCUGUGAUGUCCAAGUUCACAAAACUCGACCGCUUUUGAAUAUAAGGUCAGAUAAAACUCUCCAGGAUAUUGUAUACAAGCUAGUACCAGGCCUUUUCAAAAAUGAAAUGAAAAGAAGAAGGGAUUUUUAUGCUGCUCAUCCGUCGGCUGAUGCUGCCAAUGGCUCUAAUGAAGACAGAGGAGAAGUAGCUGAUGAAGACAAAAGAAUUAUAACAGACGAUGAGAUAAUAAGCUUAUCCAUUGAAUUCUUUGACCAGAAUAGACUGGAGCGAAAAGGAAAUAAGGAGAAAGAAAAGUCAAAGGAAGAGGUGAAUGACAAAAGAUACUUGCGCUGCCCAGCAGCAAUGACAGUGAUGCAUCUAAGAAAGUUCCUGCGGAGUAAGAUGGAUAUACCUAACACUUUCCAGAUCGAUGUGAUGUAUGAAGAGGAGCCUCUGAAGGACUACUACACCCUAAUGGAUAUUGCCUACAUCUAUACCUGGAGGCGGAAUGGGCCUCUGCCCUUGAAAUACCGGGUCCGACCCACUUGCAAGAGGAUGAAGAUCAGUCACCAGAGGGAAGGCUUGAAUAAUAGUGGGGAGCUGGAAAGUGACUCUGGGAGCGACAAGGCAAGCAGCCCAGCAGGAGGCAUCCCCUCCACCUCCUCCUGUUUGCCCAGCCCCAGCACACCAGUCCAGUCUCCUCACCCCCAGUUCCCCCACAUCUCCAGCACCAUGAAUGGCACCAGCAGCAGCCCCAGCAGUAACCACCAGUCCUCCUUUACCAACAGAGCUCGGAAAACAUCAAUAAAUGGCUCCUCAGCCACUUCAUCUGGUUGAUGUGCCAACCAGGCUACCACCCUCGCCCCUCCUUUAUAUAGGUCUCUCCAUGCCAUUACAGCUUUAUAGAUGCUAAUCCAUGUGACUAUCAUCCAAAUUGCUUUCUUUUGUAGUAACACUGAACUUGGCUAUAAAAGGCGGACUAGGUGACAUUCAGGAUGGACGUUAUUGGAAACGCAAGAUUGAAAUGUAAAUUUUUCAGAGGACUGGGAAACAAACGAAAGUUACACCUUCACCUGUUCUGAAUGAUGUGGAGUUGUUUCUGUCUCCAUCAUCUGAAGCCAGGAGUCUCCAGAAGUCAAUACAAAUCCUGGGAAGUAGUUUGUUAAUCCAGACUAACUCCUCCAUUGCGUUCUCUUCGAUUGUUAUUGUUCUUAUACUGUUUUGUGAACCUGUAGAAAGCAAGUGCUUUUUCAUCUUGAAAUCCAACAAAAUUGAAAGAAUAUGCAUAGAAAAAUGCAUAUAUGUAGCCAUGUCACUGUGAAUAACAAUUUUUGCGUAUUAGCCAUUUUGAUUCUUAUGUUGCAUCUUUUACUUCUCUGUUGCUGCGCAGAACCGAUCAAAAGAAAACUUCAGUUUUACAAUCUGUAUGCCUAAAAGCGGGUAUUACCGUUUUAUUUACUGACUUGUUUAAAUGAUUCGCUUUUGUAAGAAUCAGAUGGCAUUAUGCUUAUUGUACAAUGCCAUAUUGGUAUAUGACAUAACAGGAAACAGUAUUGUAUGAUAUAUUUAUAAAUACUAUAAAGAAAAUAUUGUGUUUCAUGCACUCAUGAUAUGGUUGUUAAAUUUCUAAACAGGUUCGACCCUUGCAGAUGCCGCCUGUUUGAGCUUUGCUCAUACUGCAAGAAACACGUUGUGUGUGAGAGCUACAGUAUUGGGGAAGCACAUUCAAGUCUCUGAUAACCUGGAGGCAAUUGGCAAUCUUAAAAGAAUUUUACUUGCUUUGUCUUUUUUUUUUUUUUUUUUUCUUCCAAGUGGAAUAUUUUUACUUUACCAAAUGUUGAAGUGAUACAGUGAAAAAAAGAAAUCAAGAGACAUGGAAGUUUUAGACCUGUUUGAUUACCUUUUUAUUAUUUGGUGUGGUGGGACUGUGUUUCUAAAAGCACAUGGAAUCAUUAUAGAAGCCAUAAACUGUUUGAUAUAAAUUUUAAGGAACCAGCAAGUGGCUGGAUGAAGGCAUUUUAUCUAAAUUUGUUUUAAUAUAUAUGUAUAUGGUACAGUACUAACUUCAUUAAAAUUUAACUGGUACUUUAAUAUUUCCAAUAAAUUGUGGAGAAUGCCUUCUCUUUAAUGGCCUGCAAGUAGGUGCAUUUUAUUAGAGGCUUCUAUGGGUGGGGUUUUUUCAAUAGGAGGAACUUUUCCACCAUAAAGUAUGAACAGCCCAGAACACUUUUCAGUUUGUGCUUUGCUUUGGUCGAACUUUGUGUGUGUUCAUCACCCAUCAGUUAUACAUUUGUGAGGGUGUUUAUUCUAUAUGGAUAUUGUUUCAUGUUUGUACGGAAAAAUUGUAGUUAAACAUUUCAUUGUCUCCAGUCUGCAAAAGAAGCACAAUUCUUAUUGCUUUGUCUUGCUUAUAGUCAUUAAAUCAUUACUUUUGCAUAUAAAUUGCUGUUACUUGUCCUGCUUGUUUUUAUAGACCAGGUGAUUGCAAAUCCUCCACAAGGUUAUUGCUUAUUGAUGUAUAUGUCUUGUUAAACAAGAGUUGAUAUUUUUUCCUGUAGUAAACAUGUACAGUUCAAUUUCAACAGUAAAAACUUCAGUUUUAUAUACACGAAUAACUUUCAUUUAUAGCUGAUCAAAGAAAUAAACAAAUAAAAAGGGAUAAUUCAUUGAAAAGUAGCAAA